GUGACGUCAUGCUCAUAUGAAAGAUUGUGACCAGCCUGUCCUCGUAGCUCUCCAGGAUGUCGGUCACCGCUGAAACUCUGGGCCUACCGCUCAAGAAAGCCUCUGACAUUGACAUUUUGAAGCCUCUGAAGAAUCUAAUAACGUCACGCUACCAGACGGCGGAGCAGGAGAGUUACAUAGGUGCCAUUAAUGAGCUUGCGAAGCUAAGGACAUUGGCUGUGUGCAGGACGUUGGAUCACCAUGAAUCAUCCCUGGACACACUCUACAGGUAUUAUGACCAAAUUGUUGCCCUGGAGUCCAAGAUUCCUGCAGCAGAGAUUCAGAUACCAUUCAAGUGGAAAGAUGCAUUUGACAGAGGCUCCAUUUUUGGUGGUCGUAUAAGCCUAACUGUGGCGUCAUUAUCCUAUGAGAAGGUGUGUGUUCUGUACAACAUUGCUGCCCUUCAAAGUCAGGUAGCUGCAGCACAGAACUCUGAUUCUGAUGAGGCUCUCAAAUUGGCUGCCAAACUCUUUCAGAGUGCAGCUGGAGUUUUAAAUUAUUUAAAAGGCAUUGUCCAUUCAUCAAUACAACAAGAGCCAACUCCAGAUCUUCAGCCUGAGACCUUGGCUGCCUUGGCUGACAUGUGUGUAGCUCAAGCUCAGGAAGUCAUUACUAUCAAGGCUAUCAAAGACCGAAUGAAGGAUGUUGUGGUGGCAAAACUCUGCUCACAAUGUGAAGAGAUGUUUGGAGAUGCUCUUAAGCAUCUCCAGAGAGAGACUUUGAAGAGUCUUUGGGAUCGUGACUGGAUACCUCGUGUAGCUGGCAAACAAGCAGGAUACCAUGCUCUUGCAGAGUAUCAUCAGAGUAGGGUCUGUAACAGCAAUAAGACUGUAGGAGAAGAGAUUGCUCGCUUGAGGCAUGCUGUUGAAUUAUUUAAGACUGCGCAGACACGCUCUGGAGAUGCUACUCUGUUUGAAGUCCAUCUUGGUAGAGCUCAGCGUUCCCUUGACGAAGCUGUAAAGGACAAUGAUUUCAUUUAUCAUGAGAGAAUCCCAGAUGUCAAAACACUUCAAGGAAUUGGUAAGGCUCCUGUUGCUAAACCAACUCCAGUCCCAGAAAGAUUCAGUUCUAGUUUCACAGAUCUGUUUGAAUCUUUAGUACCAGUUGGAGUUCAGCAAGCUCUUGUAAGUUAUGACACACGCAAGCAGGAAAUAGUGACAGGAGAAAUUGGUAAACUUCGUGAAAGCACACAGCUGUUGAAUUCAAUCUUGGCAUCUCUCAACUUGCCUGCUGCCAUUGAAGAUGUUGGUGGAGAGAAGGUUCCACAGUCUGUACGUGACAAGUCUGCUGGUGUAGUUGAAGCUGGAGGCUGUGAGGCUCUUAACAAAAUGAUCACAGACCUGCCUGAUCUUUUGACUCGUAAUAGAGAACUUCUUGAGGAAUGCGAAAGGCAGCUUAAAGAAGAGAGUGAUUCUGACGCUCAAUUGCGAUCCCAGUUCAAGGAACGAUGGUCACGGACACCAUCUGACAAGCUUACUGGAACAUUCCAAGCUAAUGCACAGAAAUAUAGAAAGGUGAUUGAAACUGCGGUUGCUGCCGAUAGUACUAUCCGUGAAAAGUACGAUGCCCACAAAGAAGGCAUGGAGCUCUUGUCAAGUGGGCCAGAAAAUUUGGCCGCAUCCUUGCCUACUGCUGGAGCAAGCACCAAUGGCAGCAACCCAGCUAUUCAGAAGCUCAAACAACUUAUGGAAGAUGUCGAAACUCUGAAAGCUGAAAGAGACGUUAUAGAGUGUGAAUUAAAGAGCGCCACAAUAGACAUGAAGGAUGUCUUCCUUAAUGCUCUUUCUCAAGAUGGAACUAUUAAUGAACCAGCCAUUUCAACCGAGAGUUUGGGACGUGUGUUUGGGCCCCUACAGAAGCAGGUGAAAGAAAGUGUGGAGCGUCAAGAAGGUUUGGUUAAAAACAUUCAGGAAGCUCAUGCCGAUUUCUGCAAAGCUGCCACAGGUGUUGGAGGAGAACGUGAAGCAAUGCUCAUGAAAUUAGCUGCUGCGUAUGACAACUUCAAUGAGUUGAGGAGCAAUCUCACUGAAGGCACCAAGUUUUAUAAUGACCUCACGCAGUUGCUAGUUAACUUCCAGAGUAAAAUUAAUGACUUCUGUUUUGCACGACGCACAGAAAAGGAAGAAUUAAUGCGCGAUCUGACUCAGGGAUUAGCCAAUCAAAAUGUUGGUUCUGCACCAAAUCCUCCAGCACAUCACCAAGAGGCUCAAAGUGCACAGAAAUCUGCUCCACCACGCCCACCCCCACCUACUGCCAACCCUUACCAGGGAGCACCUUUGGCUGCUGGCGCACCUUUAGCUCCACCUACACAAACCGGAGCACAUCCAUCGUAUGGUACUCCUCAACCAGGAAAUCUGCCUUACCCAGUCACUCCAGCAGGGAUGCCUGCUCCACAAGGAUACAUAUACCAGAGUUACCCGGUUUACACACCCAUGCCUCAGGGGUAUAACCCAUAUUUUCAGCAGCAGCCUCAGCAGCCAGGUGGCUAUCCUGGGGGUUAUCCUGCUCCUCCAUAUCCACAGCAGCCAUAUACCAAUUAUCCAUUCCCACCUCACCAGCAGCCUCAACAGCAGCCAUGGUCACAACCUUAAAAGGUACAAUAGUCCACUUUCCAUUGCAAAUCCAUUUUUGUUUACGUGUUGGCAUAACUGAUGUGUUAAUUGCAGUAUGAGGUAAACAGCUUGAAGGCAUUAAGGCCAGAUAGGUUAAGCUUCUUGCAAUAAUCUGUUUUUUUUGCUUUUUACCAACUAGAGGAAAAUCUUGCUAUUUUUAUGCACAAGAUCAAAAAAAAAAAAUAUUGGUAAGCACACCAGUGUUUGAAAUUUAUACAGGAAAAUUGUAUCCCAACUUGUCUAUGAAAUGCAAAUUUCUUUAAAAAUUUGAAUUUGGGAACUUUUUGGUCACUUUAACAUUGAUAUUAAAUUAUACAUGUACAGGUAUGGCUUAGAGGGCACCAGCAAUCUGAAUUAGAUAUAUAACUAUUUAGUGAUACUUAACAACCACUUGAUAGUAAUGUCAGACAUUCCAUUGCUGAUUAAACUGGGAUGGAGUUGUGUGGGUCUGAAACCAGAUAGUUAUUGAAAUUACUACAGUAUUUAGAAAAUUAAACAUAUUCAGUUACUUCUGUUUAAAGAAAUCUAGUGACCAGUAUAAUAUUCAGAGAAAGUGCCUAUGGAAAAAAAAUUAUUAUAUUUUUUUAACUGGAUUUAUUUGUUAAGCAUCUGUGCAAGUUCUGUUUUUUGAAGUUGUGUAGUUAGUCGAUGUGAGGCAUUGUCUUGUUUCUAUAGCCUGCUUAUUUGUAGUUUAGUUUUUUUAUGCAAGUUUGACUGUUUUGGUAUUAUUAAUGCCGCCACCAAGUAUAAUGUUAAUGUAGUAUUUUUAAAUUAGAAUAUUUCUUUUCUUCAAUCUAUGAACACUUGUUUUGAUUUGUUCUCAAAAGGAAAGUUGGUUUUACUCAAUCAUAAGAAUAUUGUUUAUGAAUUAUGCAGUGCUGUACUGUGCUUGUACCCAUAUCAGACAGUUUUAGAAUUGUUAAAUAUAUUGGAUCUUGCUGCUUGACUGAUGCAUUUAUGCUUUAGCUGAAAUUGUCCAGUCAAAAGGGGCAAUCUAAGGCUUUGCAUAUACUUGAUCAGUGGUUUGCUUAGUCCAUUUCUGCAGUUAUUUUUGUUACAGGAAAAUUUUAAACGGUUCUUAAUAUAAAUAAUGUAGUGUGUUUGUCCUGUAUGCAUAUGUAUAGAACCCAAAAUAUAUGAACACAGCCACACGUACACAGUGCUUACAUUCACACAAGCACUAAAUUGUAUGCAAUUAUAAUUUCACCUGUUUACAUGUUUGUACAUAGAUUCUUAUAAAUACUGGUAUACCUAGCAAUAUAUUUACAUAUGCAUAUGUAAACCACACAACCUUAUUUAGAUUGUGGUUGAUAUGAAACCCAUGAUAAUCAUCCACUCUUAUAGCAUAACAUGUUUGAUAUAAUCUUAUUUUGCCAGUAAAUCUCAGUAUAUGCUGUUAAGGUUUAAUUUUUGUUGGCAGUUAUUUGUGCUCUCUCAGUAGCAUGUAUUUUCAUGCUCUAGAAAGAAACACAGUAAUGUUUUGUUGUUUAUAUUUUAUUUAAAGCCUAGUUUCCUUGUAGGGCAAAACUUUGUGGUCCCUUGUGACAAAGUGUUAUAAGGUCACAAUGCCUUAACUGUUUUUCUCUGAAGUGUUGUGGGAUGCAUGAGCAGUAGUGACCUAAUCGAUUAUGUAAAUAGUUAUGAAAAUGUUUGCUUUUUUCAGUUUGAAGAUGUAAUCACAAAAUAUUCUUUUAAUUUGCAGUUGAUUACUAUUUUAUAUAAAUAUGGAAUACAAUAAAAAUACAGUAUAUAACAAAUUUUCUUUGGAUUAAUCUAAAAGUUAUAAGCAAUGAAAAUUUCUUUUUUUUUCUUCUAUUAUUCAGAGGUUCGAUAAGUUUUCACGUACUUCCAAUGCCUUGAUUAUAAAUAAAUAUUUAAAAUA